AAAAAACCGCAUUCUCCUUUUAUACGAUCUCAAACUCGUAAAACGACGUACAAAAUACUUCUCUUCCCACUUCAAAAAAUAAAUAAAGAAAAGAAAAAACGAAGCACCUGAAAAUCUACAGAACUGGCAAGUCCCAAAUCGGAAUCGCAAUUCACAAGCAUUGAUUAUUUGCCUCAAACCACAGAGAAGCGCCAGAUCUCACGCACACCUACCUGAAAAUCAUCCAAUUCUCUCUCUCUAUAUCUCUCUAGGUUGAAAGAGAGAGAGAGAGAGAGAGGACAAUUUGAUCCCACAUUCUUCGAUGGCUCCGAUCUUUGAGUACUUCGUUGUCUGCGGGAUCGGACCGGAAAUCCGAACCCUAGAUGGUAACAAGGGCUUCCAUGGAACCGGAAUCAUGUACUUGCCGUCUCUGCUGGACCAGUACCCUCCUCUCAAUCACUCUCUCUACCCUCCGCCUCCUCCUCAGCUUCCCACUUGCGUUUUACCAGCUGGAGUGGAGUUCUAUCCGUUGGGUUUCGAUUCGAGUGAUGCCUUGACGUUUCCGAGGAGCUAUCCGAUUGUGUUGACUGAGGGUGAUGGGUCAAAAAUAUAUGUUAGUUGCAUUGCUUUCCGGGAUCCAGUCAGUGAAGAUAUCGCUGAGGCUUACCAUAUACCUGCAAAUUCAUUUGCUGACAAAUGUAUCUGUCUGGUUUCACGCUCCCCAAGUUUCCGUGUGCUUAGAAAUGCCCUAGAGGAACUAUUUGCACUUUGCUUUUCCGAAAGUGGAAGUAGCAAACCAUUAUGGGAUAUUAUAGCAUAUCUGGUAUCCAAUGUACCUCUGCCCACGCCCGGAAAGGAUCGGGUUUUGUUUGCCAUAGAUAAUUGUCUACUAUCUGUGGAGGCUCCACCAAAGGAUGGGCUAGCCCACGCUGAUAUAUCAUUUCAGCCAUUGGUACAGUGUUUAGAUGUGGACAACUUAAUUAUACUCUUUACAGCUGUGUUGCUUGAACGGAGAAUUUUGCUCCGAUCAAAUAAAUACUCAAUUUUGACCCUUGUAUCAGAGGCCAUAUGCCAUUUAAUUUAUCCAUUUCGUUGGCAGCAUGUCUACAUUCCAUUACUCUUUUUUAGUGGAGUUGACUAUAUUGAUGCUCCAACACCAUACAUGAUGGGCCUUCAUUCAGGUGUCGAUACAUCUAAUUUGGCGAUGGAUGGUGUAGUUGUUGUUGAUCUUGAGUACAAUCGCAUUACCACAUCAGAAGAAAUUCCGCCAAUUCCGGAGCCAGAACUAAGCUCCUUGCGUGGUGAGAUAAUGAAGCUGUUAUAUCCCAAUGUUAUUGGAAUAGAUCACAUGAAGGCUGGUCCAUAUAGUGUCCCAGAGCAAUAUCCUAAAGGUCACAACAAACCUUGGGGAGAGGAUCAUGAUCUUCAACUUAGGUUGGUAUUUCUGAAGUUCUUUGCAUCACUUUUAAGUGGCUAUCGCAAUUUUAUAGAAAUUUCUGCAAAUCAUGUCUUCAACACUCAAGCUUUUUUGAAAAAGCGUUCUCGGUCAACUAACCAACCACCAGAGCCCAUGAUGGUGCAGUUUCUCGACUCCCACGGUUUCAUGGACUAUUUGGAGAGGGGCAUGAGUUCUGAUGAAAACAAUAAUAAUCUCCUUGACAAGUUACAAGAUGCAAUUGGAAGGGGUCAAAAUCCAAUUUCAAUUUUUCCCUCAAAUACAGCGGAACCAGAGAUUAUAACAAUCUCGGAUCCUGAUGGUAAAAUAUCAGGAUCUGGUGCCAAAUAUACAUAUGAUAGAUUUCCCUCAAAUAUUAGAACGGAAGAGCAAGAAGAAAAAAGAAAGCAGAUACUUGCAGCAGCAAGCGGAGCCUUUGAAUACUCAGGAAAGCAUAUGCCUAGCUCACCUUCUUUCCUCCCCAAGGACCCAAUGGAGAGAGCAGCUGAAAGGGACCGCAUGGUUUUGGACAUAAAGGUCAAGCUACAGACCCAGCUUAGAGCUCAGUUCCGUGAAGUUGGGCCUGAAGAGGGACUUUGUAAGGAUGUCCGCGACUUGGUGUUGUGA